AUGGAUACUUCUCGAGCAGGGCAAAACUACACAGACCUCACUAGUCGGACUGCCUCUACGGAAUCCCCCAGCGAGCGAGUAGAUUAUAUUGACCUCCCGGUCCGAGUACUCAGCGAUGACGCCGAUCUACGAGAAUACAUAACUGAGACGCGCACCGGCGAAAUAAUCAAGCCUGUCAAGUCCAAUGUUACAGGACGAAUCGAGGACUGGAAGUUGGUCACUUUUACUAUUGACGACCCCGAAAACCCCAAGAACUGGUCGAAGGCGUACAAAUGGUACUGCACCAUGGUCGUUGCUUUCACUUGCUUUGUCGUUGCAUUCGCUAGCAGUGUCAUCACGGCCGACUUGACAGGACCCAUGGAGGCCUUUGGAGUGUCUCGCGAGGUCAGCUUUGUGGUUGUUACAGUCUUUGUUAUUGGAUUUGGAGUUGGCCCCAUGGUUUUUGCUCCAAUGUCUGAAAUGGUUGGACGGCGUCCAGUCUAUGCCAUUACCUUACUGAUGGCUGUGAUAUUUGUUAUUCCGUGCGCUGUUUCUAAAAAUAUUGGAACCUUGAUCGUCUGCCGUUUGAUCGACGGCAUUGCUUUCAGUGCACCCAUGACUUUGGUCGGUGGUACUCUGGCUGAUAUGUGGAAAAGCGAAGAGCGAGGUGUCCCAAUGGCAGCCUUCAGUGCUGCACCUUUCAUCGGACCUGCUAUCGGUCCUCUUGCCGGUGGAUUUCUCGCUGACAACUGUGGUUGGAGAUGGCUUUACUGGCUGCAGCUCAUCUUGUCCUUUGUCGCCUGGAUUCUGAUUACCUUCACCGUCCCCGAGACAUACGCACCAAUCCUACUCAAGAAAAGAGCUGCGAAGCAACGCAAGGCUGAAAAUGAUGAAAAAUAUACAACCGAGGCUGAGCUUGAUCCUCGCCCUCUUGGACAGAAGCUGCGUAUCUUUCUCUUCCGCCCUUUCCAGCUACUCUUCCUGGAGCCAAUCGUCUUCUUCAUUGCUAUCUACAUGUCGGUUCUUUAUGGUCUUCUGUACAUGUUCUUCGUCGCGUACCCCAUUGUCUACCAGGCUGGCAAGGGCUGGAGCGCCUCGAUGACGGGUUUGAUGUUCAUCCCACUAGCAAUUGGUGUUGUUAUGAGUGCCGCAUGUGCACCAUUCGUCAAUAAGCACUACCUCAAGAUCUCAGAGCAAUGGGAUGGCAAGCCCCCAGCGGAGAAGCGUCUGAUCCCAAUGAUGUGGUCCUGCUGGCUUAUUCCCAUUGGCCUGUUUAUCUUUGCCUGGACUUCAUAUCCUACCGUCCAUUGGUUUGGGCCCUGUAUUGCAGGAUGGCCGGUCGGUUUCGGUUUCAUUUUCUUGUACAACUCGGCGAACAACUAUCUCGUUGAUACUUACCAGCACCAAGCCGCAUCGGCUUUGGCAGCCAAGACCUUCCUUCGAUCAAUGUGGGGCGCCUCCACCGUCCUGUUCACCGAGCAGAUGUAUGACCGUUUAGGGUACCAAUGGGCAAGCUCUCUUCUGGCAUUCAUUGCUCUCGCUUGCUGUGCUAUCCCCUACGUCUUCUAUUUCAAGGGCGAGUCUAUUCGCAAAUUCUCCAAGUAUGCCUUCAGUGACGACGAGGAGAAGGCUAUCAAGGCUUGA